GAUAGGUAGAUCAAAGAUAUCCUUCAGAACCACUGAGGUGGCAGAAUGGAAAGCACACAGAUUAAUCUUGUCUCAGAAAACGUCUGAGAGAGGAUGAGAGGAGCCAACAGAGGCACCCACACAACUUCUGCUCUCUGCUGGGAGAGCUCCCUUCCCUCCCUUUCUCGCUUUGUCCUGGAGGAACAAAAUUCCCCCGUUUCUCCCACUUUGAAGGCAAGGAGGGGUGUUGCUGCGCUCACACUGUGUUUGUGAUGGAAGCCAAGAGAGGAGUUCCUACACGCCUUUUCUCCACCCCUUUUCUCUCUCUUCUCCUUUAAAAGAAGGAAGCACUGAAAGGCGAGCACCUUAUUUUUCUGCAAGACAGACUACAACUCAGAGCCCCAAGCUAGCUCUCUCCCUGGUGCUGCCUUUUUUUCCCACCAGAGCCUACACUUUUUCUUGCUCUUUCAGAGUCCAAGAGGAGCAGCAGAGGUUCAGUCUUGAGACUUUGCAAGACCUUCUCAGACUUUGCAAGACGCCCCCCAGCUCUCCCCCCAGAGCCAUUUGCUCACCUGUCUGCAAAUCUAACUGGAGCCCCAAGACUUUCUUGCCCAACCAAAGUCAGGAAAGAAGCCUCCAAGCAGCCAUCUAAUCUUAGGAGGACAUUCAAAACCAAAGAAGGAGGAGGAAUUGGGGAAAGGAAGCAUUUGAAGAAGUCAAACAAGGGACCCAGGAAGACCUCUCUGUUCUUCCCCUACACUUUUUAAUACUUUGAUGCCCAACUUUGGAAGGAAUACUGCAAGUCCUUUUUGGUUCCUGCCAAGCUAAGGCUUUUUUCUCUGCCCUUAAAGGAAGAAGUCCUGAUUUCAGCAUCCAAAUAUUUAUGUAUAUAUAUAUUGGAUGGGAAGAGUUUCCCUGUUUGUUUCUCCCACCUUGUUACUUAUGUCGUCUCUUCUCAAUGGAGAAGGCAAACAAGUAACCCUGAUCUUUUUUCCCCUUUGGGGUUGUUAGAAGACUUUUUUUUUUUGUACCAAAGGACUUUUGUUGUGUGUGUCUGUGUAUCUGUUUGUUUGUUUCCUGGAAAAGAAGACACAAGUUUGGAGGAAAGAAAUGAAGGAGUCCAGACCCCCUUCUGCAGGACUGUAGGCACCCCUAUUUCUAUUUUUAAAUAAAGAAAGGCUCCCUCCUUCAAUGUGUCUGGAACUGCUGGGGAUUGGAGUCGGCAUGCAUUUCGGAGUGAUCUUCAUGUCUCUCUGGUACCUGCCACUCGUCAGCAGUGAGGGAGACCCCAUCCCUGAAGAGAUAUAUGAAAUGCUGAGUGACAGCUCGGUGCGCUCCAUCAGAGACCUCCAACGGGUUCUGCGGAUAGACUCCGUAGAAGAAGAUAGCUCUAGUUCAUACCUGAACUCCACCAGAUUACAUCCUGGUGAAAAUCCUGUUCCUUUGUCCCGAGGGAGACGCAGUCUGGGUGGAGAAGAACCAGUUGAAGCAGCAGUACUUGCUGAAUGCAAGACACGGACUGAGGUGUUUGAAAUCUCCCGGAACUUGGUGGAUCCCACUAAUGCCAACUUCCUUGUGUGGCCGCCAUGUGUGGAAGUGCAGCGGUGCACAGGCUGCUGUAAUACCCGAAGCAUGCAAUGUCGCCCCAUGCUGGUUCGUGUGCGACACAUCCAGGUAAAUAAGAUUGAAAUUGUCCGAAAGAAGCCAGUCUUCAAUAAAGCAAUUGUGGCCUUGGAAGACCACCUGGAAUGUCGAUGUGAGGCAGUUUCACCCCGAUUUCUCAGUCGACCGAGUUCACAUGAGCACAGAGGUGUUCCACCACCAAGCACUGUAGCUUCUCUUCCGACAAGGGCACAAGUGCACCGGUUGCUGCCACGAAAGAGGAAGCAUCGGAAGUUCAAGCAGUUACAUGAUAAGAAGGCAUUGAAAGAAAUCUACCCAGCAUAGAGGUGCUGGCAGGCAAAAGUGCAAAUGACAGGUUUAUUAUUUAAUAUAUUUGCUGUAUUACCCCCAUGGGGUUCUCAGAGUUUCUUUCCGUCCAUCCGCCUCAAUGCUAUUUUGGACGGCAAAUGGUGCUUCCUGAUCCCUCGCUCACUGGACUUUCACCCACCAAAGUUUACCAUUGGAGUUCUCCCUUCUUAAUUGCAUUCUCCCAAAGGAAUAAAACUGAGGUGGGGAAUGAACAGAAGAAAAUGCAGCCACUUGGAUGGACAAUAUGCUUCCUUCUGCAAGAGAUGCAGGGGAAAUGUGGCAAAGACUUGUGAUUCCAGUCUCCACUUGGGGUGGGGUGGAUCAGGAGGAUAAGAAGGUUUCCCCCCCCCCUUCUUCCUUUUCCUUUUCCAUCCAGCAGUUAGUUGGACUCAGACUGUUUACAGUGACACUGGGCACAAGUCAAGGCAGUCAGAGUGACAACCAGUGACAUCAAAUGCACUAAGGACUUCUAUUGUCAUGUCUGAAUAGAAUAUUUUUAAUUGUGUGUAUGUAUAUUUUUAUUUGUAAAACCACUAAACCAUGUCAUGCCUCGGGGAACAGAACCAAUGAAAGCAAAGUACAUGUACCAACAAUUUUUGCUGUUUACAAGCUGGUGUAUGAAGAGGAAGAGAGGAGCUGUCCUCUAGGGGAAUCACUGCCCCACCUAUCCCAGAAUACCCUCAGGUCUAAGAGGCCUUCUUGGCACAUGAUUAUAAGGCAGGCAUGGCUUAUCUGGUUUCCUAUCUCCUCUUUCAGUUGAACUUUGUAAUUUCUUUUCUAUUUUUUUUUAGUGGUAUGGAUCACUGUGAGGUUUUGUUCAUGGAUUUACAUAAAGUAAAGUCAAGAUUACCACCCUGAGUGAACUGGGCUCCUAGCUUGCUAGUCUGCUAUAUGGUCACUGUCUCCAUUACUUCUAACAUCAGGCUAUAACACUAUUGUUAAUUGAAGAUGAAGGCCAUAGAGAGCUUGGAAAAGUUAUUUUGCAUGACAAUACCCACAGUAUCACUCUGACCACACUCCAAUUUGUCAGACUUUGGAUGUAGGGCCAGGUUUGGUUAAUACUUGAGACAGAUGUGACCAGGGAAUACCAGUGAUCUCCAAAGUAAGGCUGGGAAGGAUUCCUAGGAUCUAGAAAAGUCAAUAGUCUGGCUUCAAUGCUCCUACAGUCCUCUAGCCAACAUGGUGCUUAGCCAUCCUACCCAGGGCAUUCUGGGAAACACGAAAGCAUUCCAGGCUCUGGCCUUUAGCAAAUGUCACCUCCAAUGGCAGCGUGGAGAGAUUGGUGCUUGAAACUAUGGAAAGGCAAGGCUAAUUUUUGUAAACAAUUGUGGAUUCAGUGGAUUGUUGCAAUUAGUGAAUUUACUUCUACAGUAUCAGCAUUCCCCACUUUCAUCUCUUGACCUUAUUUCCAAACACUGUAAUUACUCCUUCUCUGGUACAGUCAUUAAUAUCCAGUUUCUAUCUCAUAUUAGUAACCUCAGGAUAACAUCCACUGAUCUAAAGUAAUUGGAGUUAUGAAAAGCCUAAUCAAAGCUGCAAACAUUUGUGUACAAGAGGUCAUAAAGAUGCAUCCCCAAAUGCCAAAACCUUAUUCUGCUAUCUAACCACAGUUCCUGGACAAGGAUCCAGUGGGUAGUAUCUAACACAACUGCUGAGGGCCAAGAGAACAAACAGAAUGAACAGCCUCCGAUCAACUGUUUGCUAUGAUUAGAAUUCUGUUUCCAUUGCAUGCCUAGGUUUUGCCUUUACCUUGAACUGAAGGCCUAUUUAAAGGGUUCAGAAAUGUUUCCAAAUUACCAAAAAAUGGAAUUCACUGAAGGUUUUGUGUAACUGGACAGACUAGGAUAGUGGCCUAUUUUCAGGAACUACUGGGAAAAAAUUAAAUAACAAGGAAAGGGAAUUGGUUGCCUACAUAUCCUUAGAGAACAGGGAGUAGAGAAGGCAUCAUAACUUUUACCUCUUUAGGGAUUAUAGACAUUUUCAUCCCUUGUGGGUCAUUACAGUCUCUUUUUGCAAGGGAGAAAAAGCAAGUAGGAAUAUUGAAGUUGGGUGGGAAUGAACAGACAGAAUUUGCUUAAGGUAGCUUUCCCCAGUCUGGUGCUAUCCAAAUGUAUUGGACCACAAAUACACCACAACCAUGGUGAAUGAGGUUAUAGAACUUGUUAACUUGUAUGGAGGGUGCUGGGUUGCUGUGUAUUGGGAGGCAAGGCUACAUUUCUGGAGAUGAAGCCCUUCUUUGUGUGUAAUUUACUCUCUGCUGGUUGCUUUAGAUAUUUAUCUGAUCCCUAUUCUGGAACUUUAAGCAACGUAGAGACCCCCUAUCAGCCACUGGUUGAUGUUGGGUAUAGAGGGAGACAGUGACAACCCCCCCCCCUCUGAACAAAUCUUGCAAAGAAAACCAAGCAAUAUGUUUGUCUUCAGGUUGCCAUAAAUUGGAAAUGACUUGAAGGCACAUAAUAGCAGCAAAAGCAGCAUGUUGUAGUGGUUUGGGUGUUGGAUUAAGAUUCCAACAAGCCAGCAUUCAAAACCUUCCUCAUCUAUGGAAAGCCACUGGAUGAUCUUGGGCAAGACACACACUCUCAGCCUUACAGGAAGGCAAUGCAACACCCACCUCAUCCCCCAAUAAAUCUUGUCAAGAAAACCCUAGGACAGAGGAAGGAACUGGCAAAAUGGCCUUUAAGUAUUCCUUGUUUAAGAAAACCCUAUGCAGUUUAUUGGGUCAGCAGGUGACUUGAAAGCAUAUAUGCAUAUAUUGCAGUUGACUUGAAGGGAUAUAAAAAUAUCGAGAUUGCAAUUUGAACAGACUGUAUUAUCUGGAAACUUUCAGCUGCAUCUCAGAUGGACAGCUGACUGGAUGUGGGGCUGGGGCCCAGUAACAAUACAGAUGUAUUUGUUAGAAAAUGACAGAAGUAUCGUGUAAUUUUGCCUGAGGAAAUGAAGCUCUUCAAACUUGCUAGAAGAAGUCUGGAGGAGAAUGAAGAACCUUCCUUCAACCAUCUAAAAUACAGAAAGCAUGCUAAAUCAGCCAGAGGUUUAAAAUUAUCCAUUGUCCAGCAUGGAUAUAGGUGGGUAGAAUCUGUUAGGGAAACCACAGCCCUGAGCUUGCAAGAUCUGAGCAGGGAUGUUGAUAAUGGGAACUUUGAGUUCUCUCAUUCAUAGGGCCAUCAUAUGUCGAAGUUGACUUGAAGGCAGCUAACAGCAACCAACUUAGCUAUGAAACCCAGGCUUUCAACCCUUUGCAUGGCACACUUAUACUUCUGGCUCCAUUUACUUAUAUGGAAUGAAUGGAAGAGCCGGCAGUCAGGAGCCUGCCAUCUCUUGAUGGAAGAGUUGCAAUGGGGAGGGGGGCAUGAAAAGAAUGGCGCUCCUAUGCCUGAAGCAAAUUCCAGUUGCAGGUAUUUUCCCUUGCAUCUUGCAAAUAUAUUGUACUUAUAUUUCAUUCACUUGUACACAAUAAGGAGGCAGGAAGGUACAUAGUGGUCUAGACCUUGAAUCAUACAGUCCAAUAAAGGAUGGAGGAUUGAUUUCCUCUCUUGGGCUGAAUUUCUGUGGAUCUCCUGGAGUUCAAGCAGCUUUUUGUACUACCUAUUGUACUGGGUUGGUCGAAUUUUCCUAUAGAUAUUUGGCAAAAUUCUGCUUAGUGGCCUUAGUGUCAAACAAUUUGUGUUUAACAGCAUGGUCAGGCUUUUUACUGGCAAAUAAAUGAAUAAACCGUACAGCAACAGCUAUGGCCUCAGAAUAUCAUUCUCUAAUGUAGACUAAUAACAAGACAAAAAAAGUCCAAUAGAAACAGUUUGGAGCCAUACACUUCCUGUUUACUAAUCUUGCUUUCUAAGAUUAAAAAAAACCACUUCUUACUGUUCGAUUUUACUCUCUGUCUUAAAAAAUGUUUUCCUGCAUUUUCCCCAUUUGUAAGGAAGAAAAAUCCUUUCUCUUC